AGAGCUUCACUGCGCGAAAAAAAAAUUGUUACGAUGGUGUAUCAGAAGCCGAAAGAAGAGGGAACGUGCAGUGUUCCCUUUCUCAAAUACGUCCUGUUUUUAUACAACUUCGUCUUUCUGUUUCUCUCGGCCGGAGCGGUGAUUGGUUUCGGCGUGUUCACAAUCAUGACUAAACACGAGUUUGUGCAUCUGAUCGAGUCCAGAACGUAUCCUUCGAUUGCUUACCUGCUGAUUUCGUCUGGGAUUCUGGUGGUGAUUGUCGCAGUGAUUGGGUGCUCCGGGGUUUUGCGAGAAGACCGAAGACUGCUUUUGACUUACAUAUUUCUGCUGAUGGUCUCAUUGAUGCUGAGCAUGUUGGCAGCCCUGUUGGCUUUCAUUUACUCUGGCCAAGCCCAUCUGGAUCUGACCAUGUCACUCAACAACACAAUGAUGCGAGAUUAUGGAUUGGAUUCCGAUCGGACUGCGUCAAUAGAUCAACUCCAAAGAACUUUCCAUUGUUGCGGUGCUGGAAAAUUUGAGGAUUGGCAGUACAGUGAAUGGCGAAAGAGCGGUUUGGCAGAAAGGAACCUUGUGCCAGAUUCAUGUUGUCGCACUGAAACCCUUCAUUGCGGGAUUCGCGAUCACCCCUCUAAUGUUUACUACGAUGAUUGUGCCUACGCCUACCAGAAGAACAUCCAAGAGCACUUGGUGAUCCACAGAGCUGUUGGCUCCGGGUUCGGAUUGAUACAAAUGGCGGGAAUCUUGCUCUCCUGCGGCCUCUAUGUCAAGCUCAGGGAAUUCUACUACAACUACUGAAAUUCAAUGCUUUCAAUAUGAAACGAAUCCUCGCAGUAUUCAAGCAGAAAAACCAAUUAGAUACCAAAAAGAAAACGAGAGAGUGCGAGAAAAAGGGAAAACGUGGAUCUUUUUGCUGUAGUGAUGAUUGACAAUGAGUAGAAACUGUACGAUGCAAAUGCUGGAAUUUUUAGUCCGUUAAAAAAAUAUACAUGCAGUACAGUAUAUAUAUACAUAUAUAAAGUAUAUAUAUAUAUAUAUUUAUAUUUUUUUCGGCUUGUAAAACGCAGGUUUUUUUUUUUUUUUUGAAUCGUCUAGUCACGUGAUACUGGGAAAAUGUUCAAGGCGAAACAUUCGUGUAGAAAUGUCUGGUCAAAAGUUUUUUUUUCUUUUUUUUUAUACAAGGUUUUUUUUGUGUGUUUCUUCCUCUCGGCUGGAGCAGAGAUCUUGUGAAACCGGAACGACGCUGUACAUAAUUAUUACUAAUUUUUUUUGUAUUGAUUGAUUGCGCGCAACUUACCAAUGAUUUGUACGCCUAAAGACUUUUUUGUGCCAAAAAGAAAAUUUGCUGGAAGGAUGAGAUUUCGUGCCAUUGCGAAGUAAUGAACUGUUUCCUGAACACUGGA